AUGACUUUAGUGAGGAUAAAUGGCAACCGUGAAGUUAUUGGGAUUCUCCGUGGUUUUGAUGCCUUCAUGAAUAUGGUGCUUGAUGAAUGUCUAGAAGUGAAUAAGAGCGGCCAGCAUAUAAAUAUUGAUACAGUUGUUGUUCGAGGCAAUAGUGUAAACAUUGUUGAGGUUAUGGAGCGUGUUUAA